AUGAAGGUCGCCAUCAUUGAGUAUCUGACGUACGGCCACGUCGCCGAGGUCGCGCGCGCCGUCAAGCAGGGCGUGCUUGACCUGGGGGUCGCCUCCCAGGUCGACCUCUACCAGGUGCCCGAAACGCUCUCGCCGGAAGUGCUUGCUCUCUUGCACGCGCCGGAAAAGCCCAAGGACAUCCCCGUCGCCCUGAUGGACACGUUGACCCAAUACGACGCCUUCUUGUUCGGUAUCCCCACCAGAUUCGGCAACUUGCCCGCGCAAUGGAUCGAGUUCUGGGGCCAGACCGGCGCCUUGUGGACGCAGGGCGCUCUCUACGGUAAGCCCGCGGGGAUUUUCGUGUCCACCGGUACCCCCGGUGGCGGUCAGGAAGCCACUGUGCGCAACGCGUUGUCGUACUUGGCCCACCACGGUCUCCCCUAUGUCCCCUUGGGUUACGCGAAGGCAUUCCCGGAAAUCACCUCGUUUGACGAGGUCCACGGGGGUUCGCCGUGGGGCGCCGGUACCUACGCCGGGCCCGACGGGCUGAGACAGCCUAACGCCACCGAAUUGAAGAUUGCCCGGAUCCAGGGGGAGUCGUUUGCUCAAUUGGCGGCGAAGCUUGUCGGCGCCACUUCCGGCGCUGCCGGCGCUGCCGGCGGCAAGAAGGGUGCCGCCGCGAACCAACAAAACAAGUCGGCCGCCGCCGGCGGCGCUGCUAACCAGCCCAACAUCGAGCCCACUCGCCAACGUGGCGUGCUUGAGUCCACCGACGGCUCGGGCGCUGGUGCCGGUGCUGCUGGUGCUGCUGGUGCUGCUGGCGCCGGCGCUGCCGCCGCUGCCCACCACCAGGGUAAGGCUAAGUCUGCCGCCGCUACCGGCGGUCACGGCGUCGGAAGUGGCAAUGCUGCUGGUGCCGCCCAAAAGGAAACCACCAUCCCCGCCGACGGGCAGGCGGUGGCCAACGACCUGAAGGUGACUAAAAAGGUCGAAGACAAGGCCAACAAGGAGGCGUUGGAGAAGCGCGAAAAGCAGGCGGAGAAGAAGACCGCCGCCAAGACCGAGUCGAACUCUAAGUGCUCCAAGUGUAUCAUUAUGUGA